AUGAGUCGUCCAGUAGAGAGUGUGUCUAAUGAGCAAGUUAGAGAAGAUGUAUUUCCAGAUUUGACUCCUUUUAUUGAUGCUGCAUUUGAAGUUCAUCGAAGUAAUGGUGGUGGUGUUUUUAUCGAUGAUGCGAAUGGGACACAUGAUGAUAAUGAGGAACCAUUCGAGUUUGAACCAGAUGCGCAAAAGAGACACGAAAAGUACAAAGAAUUGUCUGAACAGAAAUUGUAUCCUACUUGUGAAGGCAAUGUUAGUACACUAUCGGCGAUCGUGGAGCUGCAGAAUUUAAAGAAACAGUUUGGAAUAUCAGGUAAUUGUGUGACCAAAUUGUUGGAAAUGAUAAAAGGGUGGUUACCAAAAGAAAACACGAUGCCCAGUAGAUAUACGGAAAUGAAGUCGAUUAUGUUGGGUCUGGGUAUGAAAUGUAAGGCUAUUCAUGCGUGCCCAAAUCAUUGUAUUUUGUACUAUAAGGAGCAUGAAGAUGCAACAAGCUGUCCGCAAUGUAAAGAACCAAGAUUUAAGGUCAAACAAGGGAAAUUUGGGCCAAAGAAGACAAAGGAAUCUUCGCUGGUGCUGAGACACUUUCCCGUUGGAGAAAGACUUAAGAGAUAUUAUGGUACACCUUGGAUAUCUGAAGCAAUGACAUGGCAUGAUCGAGCUGAAGUUUCUAGUGAGUACAUGCGUCAUCCGAUAGAUUCACAUCAGUGGGCUUUAGUGAAAAAGAAAUUUCCAGAGUUUGCAAAGGAGGGCAGAAAUGUGUGGUUUGGAAUUGCAACUGAUGGGUUCAAUCCUUAUGGUACGCAGAAUUUAAGAUGGAGUUGUUGGCCUGUGAUAUUGGUGAUGUAUAAUCUACCACCUUCAUUGUGCAUGAAAUCUGAGUUUCAAAUAAUGUCGUUGUUGAUCCCAGGGAGAAAGUCGCCGGGACAAGACAUAGAUGUGUUUCUACCACCACUAGUAGAUGAACUGAAUGACUUUUGGGAGAAUGGAAUGAAAGUUUAUGAUGCCCACCGGAAGGAAUACUUUCUACUUAGAGCUUGCCUAAUGUGGGGGAUUCAUGACUUGCCAGCACAAGGUGUAUUGUCCGGAUGUACUACUCAUGGUUAUUUUGCUUGUGUUUGUUGUGCCGACAAGACAAGAAGUGUUCAUUUUCCUUAUGGUAAUAAGGAGGUCUAUCCUAAUUAUAGGAUAUUCCUUAAGGCUGGCCAUCCAUUUAGAAAAAAGGGUGGGCACUUGGGUCUAAGUAAAGAUGAGUUUAACUUUGCUCCAAAGCGACUGACUGGAGAGGAGUCAUUAGAAAAAUUAUCUCUUGUGGAUUACACACCUGGUAAGUUAGUAAAGAGAAAAACAGCAAAGAGAAAGAGAUACGAUCCUGAUAAUGACAACGUUGAAGAUAAUCAAAUCACUGGUGCAUUCUACAAGAAGUGUAUUUGGUGGGAUCUUGAAGUCUAUCGUAUGCUCUAUUUACGGCAUUGUGUUGAUGUAAUGCACACCGAAAAAAAUGUUAUGGAUCACAUAAUGGAGACAAUCUUCGAUUAUAAUAAUAAGUCUAUGAAUUCAUGGAAUGCACGGGAAGAGUUAAAGAAACUAGGUCUCCAUUGUGGACAGUGGACUACACAAAAUCGUAUUACUGGAGAUGAUGUAAAACCAACACCGGUGUUUGUUCUGAGCAAAGAAGAAAAGUCUGAUUUCUGCAAGAUUCUUAAAGAUCUAAAACUUCCUACUGGUUUCUCGUCGAACAUUAGUAACAAUGUGAAUAUGAAAACUCUGAGUAUCAGUAGCUUGAAAUCCCACGAUUAUCAUGUCAUUAUGAUGUAUUUGCUGCCAGUUCUACUUCAACAUGCUUUUCCUCGCCACAAAGAGUUGCGAACAGCACUUCACCAAAUCAGUUUGUAUUUCAGAAUUUUGUGUUCUAAAAUCUUGUGUAAAAGUGAUCUCGAAAAGGCUCGAUUCAUGGUUGCAGAGGCAAUGUGUAUGCUUGAGAAGUACUUUCCAGCUUCCUUUUUUGAUAUAAGUGUCCACAAUAUGGUUCAUUUGGCAGACGAGGCUUUGAUUUGUGGACCCGUCAGGUUUCGGUGGAUGUAUCCUUUUGAAAGGGCAAUGAAGGACUGCAAAAACAUACCAAAUAACAAAAGAUACAUUGAAGGGUCUAUUUCAGUGUCCCGUCUUUUACAAGAGUCUGUUACAGGUGCGAUGGAGUGCAUGCCAAAUGCAAGCGCUGGAAAUCACAAAGCUACUUGGGAAGCCUUUUUAAGACCAGAUUCGGAGUUCAGUGACGUCCUAUGCUUAAAGGAGUUUUGUGACACCCUCUUACCCAUCUUAGAUUCUACUGGUAAGGAGGUCACUGUCGAUGAGGUAGAAACACAAACAAAGUUCAUUCCAUGGUUGGUUGAAAAGCUAGUGCAAGAGAAAAAAACAGAUUCGGUUUUGUGGAGAUUGGCACAAGGUCCUGUUGGAGGAGCGACAGAGUAUAUAAAAUAUCGUGUAAAUGGUUUUGUGUUUUCUCCUAGGUCUUAUGAAGAAGACCAUGAGACCCAAGAUAGUGGUGUCUGCGUAGAGGCAUACACCACGUUUAGGAGGAACAAAGGUGAUGCAUCUCCUGAAACUCACCUAUCAAAGUGGUAUGGACUGAUUAAACAAAUCCUAGAAUUGGACUAUACCACUUUUCAUGAGACUGUGUUCUACUGUGACUGGGUGAAGGUAGGCAGUGGAAUCAAAAUUUGUCUAGAUUCUAAUUUGGUUUUGGUAAAGUUGAACAGUAUGAGAAGUUCCAGUAAAAUAUAUGACGAACCAGCAAUUCUAGUGGAAGAGGCAAGCCAGGUUUUUUACUCCAAAGAUUUGAAAAGCUCUGAUCAGUGGGUUGUUAUUCCUUCACCAAUGGGGUUAACGAUAAAGGUAGACGAUCUUGAGAAGCCUAGUCCCGGCAGCUUUAAAAAUAUUCUUGUCGAUGAACCCCAUUUGGCUUGUUUGCUUAAUGUUUAUGGUGCCAAGAGGCCAAGAAUGUUUUUUGGAGAUUCAUUAGGGAGGGAGGCUGAGUUUUCGUUGCUUUCUCUAUUUGAGCUCUUGGAAGCUAUAAAUGUUGAGCAUAUUGUGAGCAUCCAAACACUUGCUGACUUUCUUGAUGCAUGA